AUGGCUCCACGGAACUGCUUGACGGCAGUGGCCACCCCCGGUAUCCUGACCUCGGCUGGUAAGCUAAACUACAUGAGUGACCCUGUAUGGUGGACUCCUGCAGAGCACCUUCAAGUGCAUCGAUCUGAAGACCCUGAUAUCCGUAUCUCUAGUUUAGGAUCAUCAACCAUCUUCACCUCUUCUGCAACUCGGAAUCGACAAGGGGCAGCCGUUGGUGGUGUAGCAAUAACUGUUCAAACAUCACUGCGCCCGCUGUUGACUUCUAUCUCUAAGAUCAACGACAGAAUUAUGCUCGCCGUCUUCAAAGGCAAUCCUAAGACAUACGUAGUCUCCUGUUACUCUCCCACUAACACCAGUGAUGAGGCGUCUAUUACUGGGUUCUACAAAUGUCUGAAUGGCACCUUUGCCUCCAUUCCCCUACAUGCCCUCCUUGUCAUCAGAGGAGACUUCAACGCUCAUGUUGCAAGGCAGUUCUUCUACCACUCUACUACCAACCGUAAUGGUCAGCUCCUCAGUGACUUUGUCAAUCGUAACAACCUUCUGAUUACCAACACACUAUUUCAGAAGUCCUCCAUAAAGCUCUGGAUUCGCUGUUCACCUACAAGUACCUGUCACAGAUUGACUUCAUCCUGUGCCGUAAACGUUGGAGAAACAGCAUCCUAG